UCCGCCAGGAAGCCGAUAUUCCCUCUCCUCGUCGAGGACCGGAGACUGGAGGGCCAUGGAUAAGCGAAUUUGAUCGUUCCCCGUAUCGGUUUUCCCUAAAAUUAUUGACAAGUGGUCGAAGAUGAGCGCGACUGGACGGACCUCCGAAGUGGACUCUCGAGAUGGGGCGGAAACCGGGAAAAAAAUUCACACCAACCCCGACAGGGGUGCCUGGGGGAACAAAAUGGAGUUUCUCCUGUCCUGCGCAGGAUACGCCAUCGGCAUCGGAAACGUAUGGAGGUUUCCGUACCUGUGUUACAGAAAUGGCGGAGGUGCCUUCCUUGUUCCGUAUUUACUGAUGCUCUUCUUAUGUGGGAUUCCCCUCUUCUUCAUGGAGUCCUCCAUGGGCCAGUUCGGUGGAACUGGCUGCAUCACCAUGUUCAGGAUGAGUCCCUUGUUCAAAGGGGCAGGUUUCGCGAUAGUAAUCGUAAACGUCAUCUGCACCAUGUACUACAACGUCGUCAUCUCGUACCCUCUCCUCUUCUUGGUGAAAUCCAUCAGUGGAAAGGUCCCCUGGGAAGACUGCGACAAUUCCUGGAACACGUAUAGAUGUCUGAAGCUAGGAGCCGAAAUAUUCAAUCAGCGGAACUCUUCGGAUCAGAUCGAGCUGAUCGAAAGGACCAAAACGCCCGCUGACGAAUUUUUUCACAAUCACAUUCUGGAGAUCUCGGACGGGAUCGACGAGAUGGGCGGCAUAGUGUGGCCCCUCUUCUGGUGCAACAUUGCAUCCUGGCUCGUGGUCUUCCUCUGCAUCUGCAACGGCGUCAAAAGCGUCGGAAAGGUCGUUUACUUCACGGCCACCUUCCCAUUCGUCGUGCUCCUCGUUCUGUUUGUACGAGGCGUCACCCUCCCCGGGGCGAUGGACGGCAUCCUCUUCUACAUCACGCCAAACUGGUCGCAGCUGACCAAUUUAAAGGUCUGGGCUGACGCGGCCAUUCAAAUCUUCUUCUCCCUGGGCCCUGGAUGGGGCGGCAUCGUCAACAUGGCCAGUUAUAAUCCUUUCCGGAAUAAUAAUCGAUUAGACUCCAUUUUGGUGCCGAUUUUAAAUUGCGGCACCAGCAUUUUCGCCGGCUUCGUCGUCUUCUCCGUCCUCGGCUUCAUGUCCUUCCGGACAGGACUUCCGGUCUCCACCGUGGCGACCGGUGGGCCCGGGUUGGCUUUUGUCACGUAUCCGGAAGCCAUCAGCAUGCUUCCUUUUCCUCAACUCUGGUCGGUGCUCUUUUUCAGCAUGCUUUACUUUCUGGGAAUGGACAGUUGCUUCGUCCAAAUCGAAGCCAUCAUAUCCAGCAUCACCGACGAAUAUCCUGCGCUAAGGAAAAGGAAGCAUCUGGUGGUUCUCGUCUCCAUCUUCGUCUUGUUCCUCGGAUCACUAUUCUUCGUCACGAAUGGCGGCAUGUACAUUCUACAAAUGUUCGACUGGUACGCAGCGUCGGUUUCCGUAAUUUCGAUCUGCCUCGUCGAAGUCAUCGUCGUUGGGUGGACUUAUGGUUGCGAAAAUUUCGUUCAAGACAUCGAGUUCAUGAUCGGAGAGAAACUGCAUCCAUGGUGGCCCCUUUGUUGGAAAUACACCACGCCGAUUAUUCUUUCGUUCAUCUUCGUCACGACAAUAAUCUUCAACACGAGGUUGACGUACAAUGGCGUGGAAUAUCCAGAAUGGGCGAUCUCUUUUGGGUGGACCAUUUGCAUGGUCAGCAUCAUCUGCAUUCCCGGAUACGCCAUAAUCCAUUUUAUAAUUACGAAGGGAACUUUCAAGGAGAAAUUCGAAAUCGGCGUCAACCCAACACCCGAAUGGGGUCCGCAAAAAGCAGAAGAUAGAGAAGCAUGGGAAGCGUACAGAAAGAAGACGAGGAAGAGGUCGAAGGAGUCAAUCGUGGACAUGAAAGUGACCAAUGUCUAAAUUCUUGAAUUUUCACGCUGGAAAUAAAGGAAAAGGAGAUUGAAAACGACCUUGAAAAAUGUCAGCAAUUUCCGCUGUCAAGGUAGACGUUCUUCAACACUUUUCCAAGGUUUUAGCAAUAAAUGACAACCAUCUCUACGGUCGACGAGGUCGAUCGAUUUCCUGUCUCGUUCGCCAACGAAAGAGACUCGACGAUCCUCGACGUCUGAAAAUUGAC